AUGACACUCGGAGAUAUGAGUCUUAUGUUAAAUAUUUCUUCGGCCUCUUCGCCGAAGACAGAGGCGCGGAAGGGCUCAAAUAAAAAUACUACUAAAAAAUCAAUUGAAGAAAAAAAAGUAACUAAUAAAAAUGAAGAUAGUAAAAAAAGAGUUAAGCAAAAAUCAUUGGCGGCAAUUGUUGCUCAGAAUCGAAACCGUGUAACUAAACUUGCUGCGACAAAUGCAGAUUCUAAUGUAAAGUUACCUGGAAUUUUAAAAAAUAAAAAUAAAAAUAAAGAAGAAACUAAAAGUAAAGAUAAAGAAGAAAAUAAAAGUAGUGAACUUAUUACUUUUGUAAAACCUUCGUCGACUGGUUUAAAAACAAUUUUAGCUAAGCCGAAAGUUGACAAGGCUAGUAAAUCUUUGGCUGAUAUUUACAACACAAAAUCAGAUGAUAAAUCUAGUAAAGUAGCUGAUACUUUUAACAAAAAAUCUAAAUCAGAUUCUAAUUUGUUACUGAAUUCUACUGUUACCGACGAAUCGCGAGAGAAAAAAACUGAAGAGUUGCCCGUAAAAAAUUUUACUGAUGACAGAUCGAAUUUUAAAAACAAAAGAUUUGGCGAUAACUCAAGAGCUAAAAAUAAUAAUGAAAAAAAAUACGAUAAAGAACGAGUUUAUAAUAACAAACCGUCUGGAAAAAUAUCCUCGCUGUUUGGAAAUAAUCCAGAUAUUCCAAAAAUUGGGCAAAGACUUGUUAAGCCGGUUAAUGAACCAGUUUUCAGUAAAGUCACAUUCGCUGAACUUGGUAUUCAUCCACAUGAAGUAUCGAAUUUAGAGAAAAAUAUGGAAAUUUUUCACGCUACAAUAGUCCAGCAAAAAUCAAUCCCUAAAAUUUUAUCUGGAAAGGACAUUUUAGUUAGAUCUCAAACAGGUUCCGGUAAAACUUUAGCCUACGCACUGCCGAUUGUUGAGUCAUUGCAGAAAAUAAGACCGAAAUUAUCGCGAAAUGACGGACUAAAGGCUUUAGUAGUCGUACCGACCCGUGAAUUAGCUCUCCAGACUUACGAGUGCUUUAUAAAACUAAUUAGGCCUUUCACGUGGAUUGUACCGGGAUACUUGGUUGGUGGAGAGAAGAGAAAAGCUGAGAAGGCUAGAUUGAGGCGUGGUUGUACUAUUUUAGUCGCUACACCAGGUAGAUUAUUGGAUCACAUAAAGAACACUGAAGCCUUGAGAGUAAAUGAUGUCAAGUGUUUGGUGUUGGAUGAAGCUGAUCGCAUGCUCGACAUGGGUUACGAGAAAGAUAUAUCCGAAAUUGUGUCUGCGUUAAAUGUAUCACAGUCGAACGAGAGCUCUGGGUAUGAUCCGAUGAAGUUACUUCGUCAGAACUCCGUUAAGAAAUUUGAUGAUGAAAUUGAGCAAGAACCCGCAGUACAAUGUGUUGAGGAAGAAAAAGAAGAAGAGGAGGAGGAUGAAGAAGAAGAAGAAAAUAAAGAGUAUCAUUCAGCCACAGAUAGUGACAAUGAUUCUGAGGACUUGGCUGUUAAAAAACAAAAAGCCAAAAAAUUAAAUAAAGAAAAAAAUAAAUCCAACGAUAUCAGUAAUGAGGAAAAUAAAAGUACGACUGUCGAAGAAGGUAGACGUCAGAUUAUUUUGUUAUCGGCAACUUUGACGAACGCGGUUGAAAAACUCGCCGGGCUCACUAUGACCAAUCCGGUACUUAUCGACGCCGCUGCAGAUAAUUUAAAAAAUUCAACUGGUAAUAUGAGUGACAUUAAUGAAGAUUUAAUUGUACCUCAAAACAUGGUAGAUUAUUACACAAAUAUUUUGUCUUCAACGCUAACUAAAUUAGAUGAUAAUGAUAAUGAUGAUGAUGAUGAUGAUGAAGAUGAAGGGAUGGAUCCUCUAAUAGACGUGGAAUUUUUUAAAUUACAUGGGAGCAUGACGCAAAAAGAAAGAACGGAAGUCUUUAAGACUUUUAGACUGUCUCGUACGGGCGUUCUUCUCAGUACGUACACCGGACCUUUGUCAGCGCGCGAUUAUGUCCACCGAAUUGGGCGUACGGCUCGUGCAGGAACCUCAGGCACGGCGAUUAUUUUCUUGACGCCGCCGGAAAUAGAAUUCAUCCGCAUGCUCGAGUCACGUAAGAUACGAAUAAAACAAGAGGACAUGGAUGAGAUAUUGGCGAAGCUGAUGGGACCGCUGUCGCGACAGCACACGAUCCAAGAAGCCGCCACAAGUCUGCAGAAUAAAUUUGAGAAUUUUUUGCUGAAUGACAGUAAGCUGUACAACGCGGCUUGCAAGGCUUAUUCCUCCUGGGUACGCUUCUACACGAGUUAUCCGCGGGAAAUGCGCGAGAUCUUUAAUCGGCAAACUCUUCACUUGGGUCACUAUGCCAAGAGCUUUGCUUUGAGAGAUCCGCCCCAGCGAAUUGGCUCUGUCAACAAACAGAUCCGUGAAAAAAAUCCUGAGAAACCGGUUCAUAAUAAUCGUCUAUCUAAUAACAGGCCUGAAAGAAUAAGGCACAAACAAUCCAAGGAGCAUGGACUCGGUGCCGGCGCAUUAAAACGAUCACGAAUGCUAAAUGUUUCCGAGUAUGGAGAUGGAUUGGCGCCUAUGAAGAAAUCUAAAAAAUAA